GUUGGGUUUAAAAUUUGCAGCGUGUGUUUGUUUGUAGCGGUGAAGUGAAGCCGGGGUCCAGGAUGUUGCACACAGAGGACGGUUCGAGACUGGAGUGCAGUGUUGCAGUGGAGCGUGUGAGUGGAGCAGCAGCGGGUCCUGCUGUCCAGCGCCGGGUUCUCCGCCGUGCCGCGGUCACUCUGGGACGUGACGAGUUCAGGGAGCUGGUGCUGCGCGUUCAGGACUUCCGUGGCGGUCCCCAUGAGAGCUUCGCUUUGCGUGGCGAGUUCCGGCUCUUCACACGUUUUGUCAAGGACGGCAAGUGCACGGUCAACUUCCCACAGAACAACACGCAGCUCCUGAUCUCUGACUGUCCACCUGACCGCUUGAAAACCUUCCUGAAGACCCUAAGCAUAAAGCACGAAGCCUCACGGAGCAGUAAUCCUAUUAGUGAAAGGGCCCGGAUGCGGGCGGGUGUCCCGAGAAGCUUUGAGACGGUCAGCCCUUUGCAGCAAAAAGACAUCCAGAAAGCCAACGAGUUAAGGAGCAAAGUGAACACUCCAGUGCAGGUGAAGGGGCUGAGCGAGAGAGCGGUCAACAAAACAGCUGUCCGACAGCAGGUCAAACGACCCAGAACAGAUGGAGACGCCAGCCUGGUUAAAGCUCUUCACCCUCACAAGAAGCCGGUCCUGACAUUGCCAGUUGCGCAGAAACUCAGCAAAGAACAGAUGGCGGUUCUGAAUGCAGUGCUGAGUGGCAAGAACGUGUUUUUCACUGGAAGUGCAGGUACUGGGAAGUCCUUCCUGUUGAAAAGGAUUGUGGGAUCGCUGCCUCCGAAAAGCACCUAUGCCACGGCGAGCACCGGUGUAGCUGCCUGUCAUAUAGGAGGGACAACAUUACACAGUUUCGCGGGUAUCGGCUCGGGUUUGGCUCCUCUGGAGCAGUGUCUGGAGCUGGCACAGCGGCCCGGAGUCCUGCAGCACUGGACAAGCUGCAAACACCUAAUCAUCGACGAGAUCUCCAUGGUGGAGGCAGAGUUCUUCGACAAGCUCGAGGCCAUCGCCAGGUCAAUUAGGAGAUCCUCUGAGCCUUUCGGAGGAAUUCAGCUGAUCGUAUGUGGAGAUUUUCUCCAGCUUCCUCCCGUCACUAAAGGAAAAGAGAAAGCCAGCUUCUGCUUCCAGGCAAGGAGCUGGAGGAAGUGCAUCCACGUGAACAUGGAGCUGAUGGAGGUGCGCAGGCAGACCGACCGGACCUUCAUCUCACUGCUGCAGGCCAUCCGACUCGGCAGAGUCACCGAGGAAGUCACUGCCCGGCUCCUGAAGAGCGCCAGCAACCCUAUCGAGCGGGACGGUAUCGUAGCGACCAGGUUGUGCACGCACAAGGACGACGUGGAGCUCACUAACGAGAACAAACUCAAGCAGCUGCCAGGACCCUUACGUGUGUUCGAGGCUUUGGACAGCGACCCCAUGCUCGUUAAAACCAUUGACUCUCAGAGUCCAGUGGGUCACACGUUACAGCUGAAAGUGGGAGCUCAGGUUAUGCUGACCAAGAACCUGGACGUCCAGAGAGGGCUGGUGAAUGGCGCGAGAGGCGUGGUGGUCGACUUCCUACCAGGAAAUCAAGGCCUCCCGAGAGUGCGCUUCCUGUGCGGUGCUGUAGAAGUGAUGAAGCGCGAGCGCUGGACGUUUAAAGCAGCGGGAGGCGUGUACCUGAGCCGACAGCAGCUCCCGUUGAAGCUAGCAUGGGCCAUCUCCAUCCACAAGAGUCAAGGCAUGACUCUGGACUGUGUGGAGAUCUCUCUGGCCCGUGUGUUUGAGAGUGGACAAGCUUACGUAGCUCUGUCUCGAGCCCGCAGUCUGGAAGGGCUGCGUGUCAUGGACUUCGACCCGCGAGUGGUCCAGGCUAACUCUGACGUUCUGAUGUUCUACAAGAAGCUGAAGCGGGACAGACUCCUCCUGCAGUCCUCCAUCAACGACUUUGUUGGGAAAAGCAACAAGGAGAAUGAAGUUUGGUGAUGAGAUCUUCACAUCAUGACCUUGUGCACCAUGUGCACCACCGGACUCCACUGAGCUGUCACCUUUAUUUUUAUUUAAUUUAUGAUUUUUUUUUUUUUUUUAAGUUUCUGACCUCAUCAUGGAGUUGGACUGAGAUGAGACUCAUCAUGGACAGUGUGUGGUAGUUUUUAACUCUCAUUGUAGGAUUUUAAUUUGCUUGAUUUUUUAUUUUUAUUAAUAAACGUUUUAUUUUUGUAAAGUUUUUGUCCAAAUAUUUUUGAAAUUAGGAGCCUCAGGGCGGGGCUUUGGAGCAGGACAGGAAGGUCAUCAGUGAUUUAUCCAAGUAUAGGAUUUAAGACUCGGUGGAAUUUAGUGAAAAAUCAGAGCCUUGGAUCUCAGCUUUGAUUUUUGACUUUAACUUUUAGAUUCCCCAAAUUUCAAUUUGCCCAAAAAAAACCACACAAGUAUUAACCCCCCCCCCCCUUUUUAAAUUAAAACAUUGACUCUCAGAUUUUCUCCAAAUUCUCACCAUGUUAAGGAGCAUUCCAAGUUUAAGCUUCCCAUCAUGGACAUCCAAGGUUUUGUGGAAUGACUGGAAUAUACUGGAAUUGGGGAUCUGGGCUUUGGCACAGGAUAGGAAGUUCAAACAUGGAUUUCUUGUCCUAGUCAUGGCCUCCUUAAUCUGUUGUGUGAAUUUGGGGUGAAAUCAGAAAGUCACCCCCCCCCCCAAAAAAAAAAAAAAAAAAACAACCAGUAAGGGGUUUAGUCUGUCUCCAAUUGUUCCCAGAAUUCACACCACAGGUUAAAGAGGUGAAGACACAUACAGCAAUCCAAGCCUGAACUUCUGAUCAAUCAGGUUUGUAUUAAUGACUGGAAUAUAUAUUGAAUUUUGGGAACGUUGGAUCUAGGCUUUGGCACAUGAUUAGAUCACACUCGGAUUCCUGUCUUAUCCUUGGCCUCCUUAAUCUGUGGUGUAAAUUUAGGGAACGUCCCUUUCUCCAAAAAUAAGAGUUGGGUGAAAAAUCAGUCUCCAAUUGUCUUGAAAUUCACAGCAUAGGGUAAGGAGGUUUAAGAUUCCGAGUUUGAGCUUCCUAUCAUGCUCCAAAGUAAAGAUCCUAGUGAUGAAUGGAAUUAGGAGCCCGGGAUCUAAACUUCAGCACAUGAUGGGAAGCUCGAACACUGAUUUCUCUUUUACACUCAGCCUCCUUAAACUGUGGUGUGAAUUUGGGGAAAAUCAGAGAGUCAUAUUCCACACAGUUAAGGGGUUUAGUUUGGUUUUUUUUGGUUGAAAAAUGUGGCUGUCUCCUAAUUGUCCUGGAAUUAGUUUCAUACAUUAAGGAGGUGAAGACUAGGAUGAUAAUCCAGGUUUGAGCGUCUCUUGUGAACAAAAAUGAAAUAUUAAAUAUUGAUGUGGGUCAAAAAGAUUCAGAUGGAAAUUAAAAGAAGCCAAACUAGCCAUUAAUCUUCUACACUUUUGUUGAAACUAUAUGGGGAAUAACAAAAUAACCUUGGGGAAAAGCUCUGUCAAAUAAAAACUGAUGAGUGAAAUCCAUGACGCUACACUAAAAAUCUGAGUUUCUCAGACUUUUCCCUCUGAAGCAGCAUCUGCUCUAUGAAGAUGUAAUGGACAGCGUUUCCAAAUCCAAUAAAAUAUCAAAAUCGUGAACACGGCUCAUGUGGCGUUGACUCUGCUGCCACCUACUGGCGUCUCUGAAGAACUGCAAGUGUCUGUACAGUAAACAUCUGAAAUUAUUUAUUUUUAUCCAUAAAAUGUUAAGGAAAACAAAAUCUGACCAUAUAUAUU